UCCCUAUUUUGAUCUGGAAAAGGGGGUAUAUGGCUUUUGUUUCUUGAAAUUUCAUAAAAAAAAGAAGAGGCACGUAGUGAACAAGAUUCACAUAUGAUCCCCCUAACCUCAAACUCCACUCUAACGUCAGACGAGGAAGCGGCGUCAGAGAAAGUACCGCAAAACUACCUACCAUACCUAGCCACUGUUGAUGGAAAGACUUCUAGCUGACUGAGCUUCCCAUUCAUAUGACCCUAAACCGGGCACAGUAGGCAAAUGAUCAGCCUCUUUCUCUCUUCUGCGGAAACAAAAAAAUGGAAGGCCCGUGUCACUGACUUUGAUCUACUGUGAUCUGAGAAAGCUCUUAUCCUAACCUAACUUCUCACCAUCUUAUCUUCCUCGUAAGAUUUUCAUUUGAGGAAGUGAAAUCUCAACAAAGCGUAAGAGAAUUUCAUAUGCUUCAACUCCAACAUGACAUGUAGCCGAUUGCCAACCUCCAAGAAACACAUCCAAGUUGUCCUAUAUCGAUUGGGCUGGCCGGGAGAGUAGCUAAAUGCCAACCGACCGAGCCUUUAUGAAAAAGAAAAAACGAGUGAAGUUCAUCUCUUAUCUUCUUUCUAUUGAAAGUAAUAACAUUGGCAGUUCAAGUCCGGGAAUUGGCUCUCACUCUCAGCCAGAAAAAAGAUCGGUUACACUCAUCCGCUGAAUGACCCGGUGAUCCCCAUAUGUUCGAACAUUCAAGUAGGAAAAGAGAAAAGAGGUCAGUAGGGGGAGCCCUCCAUUCCAAUCAAAAGAAAGUCAUUCAAGAUCUAGAUCUAGAGCUAAAAAGGAGCAUUCCCAGCUCACUCUUUUCCUUUUCAGACUAAGAAACUCAGAAAAGAUCUCUUUUUCUCUCUUUUUUUUCAUUCGAAAAAAUCCUCUUUUCUUUCUAGUAGUUCGCUCGUCCUUUCCUUACUCUUCUCUCCGAUCGCCAGACGGGUUUGAUUUGUUUGGUUUUCUAAGGUAAGGGUAAGUGACUGGGAAAAAAGACGAUGACGUCUGACAUCAAGUCAAAGUCUUAGUCUCAAAAAAGCAUCUGACUGAGUGACAGCGAUCUCAAUGGGUAGAAGAUAUGCUUGGGAAACUCCGAUAGGCCUAACCGGCCUGCUCUGAGAAAAGAAAAAGAAGAAAGAAUCUAGGCUCCCACUGAUAGCAGUGAGUUCUAGGUCAAGCUUGCGAGUUGAGCUCUGCCUCCUACUCCUAUGACUCCUCCUUAUCAGAUUGAUUGAUUAUUCUCUCGCGGAUCUGCUGAUCUGAUCAUAGCAUGCGUCAGGAGACAUCGGAAAAGGCGCUAGAUUCUUCUCUCUUUUUAUGAAAAGGAUUCUUUAUCGACUGAUCUUUUGGAGUUCUUUCUCAAGUCUCAUUCCUCUAGAUAUUUCUCUCAAUGUAGUCCCUCCAGCCCCCGAUUGGAAUCUCCCCUAUUUAGAGGCUCUAGUGAAGAAAAUUUCAGAAAAGAGAAAAGAAGGAUCAUCACUCCCACUUAUUCUCGACUCCUGCCGCUCGCGAAGCGGAAAAAAAUGCAAUGGUGCAAAGGCGCUAGAUAAAGGCGCUAGAAAAAAAUGUCUCUUUUUUCGAGUCCGGUUCGGGCUGAAGAGACUCUGAUUUUGAAAGAAAGAAUUCUGUCCUUGACCCAGAAGGAAAGUUUUCUGACACAGAGGGACUGCACAUUCUUCGGCCUGCUGGUGGAGCUGGUGGAAGUGAGCAUCUCCCCGUCACUCUGAAAAGAUAUCUCGAGGAGCUUCAUUCCAUGGGCGCUCAAUCAUCCUUCUUGAAAAAAAUGAUGCGCUGCUUUUUGGAAUCAGAUGGUGACCGGUGUCAAACAAAAGGAAGGUGGGGCAGAGGAAUCGACGAAGAAUCCAGGAAAUAGCGAAGGAAAAGCGAAGCGUGACGAGAAUUCUAGACUCGAGAUGUUAGAAGGUGCUAAAUCAAUGGGUGCCGGAGCAGCUACAAUUGCUUCAGCGGGAGCUGCUGUCGGUAUUGGAAACGUUUUCAGUUCUUUGAUUCAUUCCGUGGCGCGAAAUCCAUCAUUGGCUAAACAAUCAUUUGGUUAUGCAAUUUUGGGCUUUGCUCUCACCGAAGCUAUUGCAUCGUUUGCCCCAAUGAUGGCGUCUCUGAUCUCAUUCGUCUUCUGAUCGCAAAAAGGCGCUAGUCAGUCAUAUCUACGAUCAUCCAUUUUCUAGUGUUUUGAUCAAAGUCAAUAUCUCUUUGUCUUUAUCUGGGGA